AUGACAAAAAUAUACAAUCGUAGUUGGAUUAGUUUAUUGGUACUUGUUUGUCAAACUACUAGUCUUGUUCUUCUGCUACGUUGUUCAAGAACAGUGAACUCUGAAAAAUAUUUACCAGCAACCGCUAUUGUGACUGCAGAAGUUCUUAAAGGAAUUGUCUGUAUUUUUCUUGUCUGGUUAGAGAAUGAUCGUUCAAUUAAUCGAGUUAUACGAAUAAUUAACGAAGAAAUUUAUAAUAAACCUUAUGAUACUAUGAAAUUAGCUAUACCAAGUGGAUUAUAUGCUAUUCAAAAUAAUCUUUUAUUUAUUGCAUUAUCUUAUUUAAAUGCAGCAACAUUUCAAGUAACUUAUCAAUUAAAAAUUUUAACAACAGCUUUAUUUUGUGUAUUUAUUCUAAAAAAAAGAAUAGAAAAACAUCAAUGGUUUUCUUUAUUUAUGCUUGCUAUUGGGGUUGCACUUGUUAUAUGGCCAACACCAGUUGAAUCAAAUAAACGUUUAACAGCACAAAAUCAGGCAGCUUGGUUGCAACAAAUGAUGGGGUUUUGCACAGUAUUAGUAUCUACAGUAACGUCCGGUUUUGUCGGUGUCUAUUUUGAAAAAAUAGUUAACACUGACCAAACUUCUAUUUGGGUUAGAAAUAUUCAAUUAGGUAUUUUUGGAACAAUUUUUGGUUUGUUGAUUGUAUUCUGUUUUGAUUAUAAAGCCGUUAUGGAUAAAGGCUUUUUUCAAGGUUAUACAACAAUAGUAUGGAUUGUUAUCUUUCUUCAAGCAACUGGAGGUUUAAUAAUUGGUACUGUUAUCAAAUAUGCUGAUACAAACAUCAGAGUUUUUUCUAAUUUUCUUUCAAUUCUUUUUUUAUCCGUUAUAUCCUACUUUGUUUUACAUGAUCUUACACCGACUUUAUUUUUCUAUAUUGGAACAAUGUGUGUUUUAACCGCAAUAUUUCUUUAUGCAUGGGGAAAACCUAUAGUAACAUUAUGGACUACUAACCAAGUACGUAUUUAA